GCUCAUUGGCUCAAAACCCGGAAGUUAUCAGUAUGUUUUUAGGGAGGCGCGAAAAACAUUUCUCGUCGCUUAUGUUUGUUUGAGAAACACAAAAAUUUCUCAAAGUACUUGGGCUUUAGACAUUUUCCGCCUCCCCUUGUCAGCAUGUGUGAAAAGAUUAAGAAGGUGAACAGCUGGCUCAGCACCGUGUUCGGCGAUCAGCCGGUUCCACAGUUUGAGGUGAACACCAGGACAGUGGGUAUACUGUACCAGCUGGCACAGGCCAGUGAAGCCCGGUGUAGUGAAACAGCUCUCCUUGUAGAAGACCUCAAACAGAAAACGUCAGAGUAUCAGGCUGAUGCUGCUCAUCUGCAGGAUGUUCUUCUGCAAGGUGUCGGCCUCUCUUAUUCAGGUCUGUCCAAACAAGCCACAGAGUACGUUUCUGCUUUGGUGGACCACGCCAUUGUACUUGGAGUGAGAGACACGUCACUGAGCAGCUUUUUUCCAGCAAUCAACAACCUGACCAGUGAUAUUCUGGAAGCCGAAAAGUCCAACAGAAGACUUGAGAGAGAGCUGAAAGCCCUCAGAAAGAGACUUGGUGCCACUCUGGUGCUACGGGGAAACUUACAAGAGGACCUCAACAAUACAAAGAAAUCUCAGGCGAUAGAGAGCGCCAAAGCAGAGGAGAGGCUGCUCACCAUGGGUUUUGUGAAAGCCAAAGCUCAGGAGCUCAGUCAAAGACAGGAUAAAUCAGAGGCUCAGCUUGUAUCCAGGAACAUGGACAAGUCUAUUACACACCAGGCUAUUGUGCAGCUCUCUGAGGACGUUAAUGCCUUGAAAAAGGAAAUAAUCCCACUGAAAAAAAAACUGGAGCCUUACAUGGACCUAAGCCCAAGUCCAUCUCUGGCACAGGUGAAAAUAGAGGAGGCAAAAAGAGAGCUGGUUGCCCUUGAUUCCCAGCUGGAGAUGAAUGUGGAUUUUAAAUGAUGUGUCAUUUACAUGUUUGUUUGUUUUUAAACAAAAAUAUACAAAUAAAGUCUUCACCUUCAUACUUUUGCGAUACGCGAAUUUGUUCCCCAAAAUGUUGCCUUUGGAGGAAUGAAUAUCCCAUUUUACUUAAGGAAAUGUUCUUAUGUUCCAUGCCCAAUGUGCAGGAUUUGAUCAUUUUUAUGCUUUUGAAAAUUAGAUUUAGUGAUUCUUUCUGUGUGAACUGGUCCUCUAUGAGAUGCCGUCAUCGAAAAGAGAGCCGAUAGUGAGCUCCACCAAGCAAACAAGGGAUUUGCCUCUGUCAGGGAAGAAUGGAAAUCGCUAAUCUUUGGUGUGGUUGGUCAGGUCUUUGUUUCCUUCUCUUCCUGUUUUUCUAAACACCAUUAAUGUUCAUCAAGUGUUUAGUCUUUAUUCUCCUGUUGCUGUAGUCUAAUUGAGGUUGUGAUUCCACUUGGAGCCAAGCUUUAACAACAUGACAAGAACUUUUCUUCCAACAAGGCUGGCUUGGUAGAUAUGGAAAGUUGGAGGUCAACAAUCUCUUUUCUUGUUUGUUUGAUGUUGUUUGCCUGGACUGACUGAACAUAGAACAAAGUAUAAUAUCAAGCCAAUCAGAGGGGUUAUUGGUAUAUCGUUUCUGUGUUCUUAAACAAGAAUUUAUGCUAUCACUGGACCAUUUCCACUGAAAAUGCUCAACAUGAUCUCAACAUCCCCCUUAAUUAUAUUUACUCCAGGGCAAUUACGCUCCUCACCGUCUGGCCAUCAUGUCUGAACUGAGUCUUAAAAACAAAGCACAGGAAGCCUUUUGAGAUUGACAGCAGAAUACCGCAAGCUUCUGAAGAAUAACAGCGCAUGAAGUGGGCUUUGGAGCCUCUCCCAUUGUGCCUGAAGCUGAAGCGCUGAGUAGAGACCCAGUUUGUCCCGUCUGUAUGCAAAAUCUCAGCCCCGGGUUGCCUCCCAUCUGUCAGCCUCCUUCUACCGGAACCUCAGGCUUGUCAGUCAGCUCGACUCUUGUCGGCCAGGUCUGUGGUCUGACAGGGAGACUGACCCGUUUCCAUGGAGUGGGUCAUGGAUGCGGGGUGGGAGGUAGUUUUCACUGUGGGCCCCCCAGCUUCUCUGAAAGGCACCAUGUAGUCAGGGUAUCAAUAGUUUAUGAAAAGAAAGAACUAGAAAUGGCUAAGAAAAAAAGAGCUCUCCUUUCUUUAAAAGUUUUGACAGUCAGGAUUAAAGUUUGUCAGCCUUAUGUUGACUGUUUUCACACACAAUGUUGCAUCUCUAAAUUGGGAGAUGGGCUAGUUUAUCUAAGUUGUACUGUAUCUGUUCAGUUUUGUCAAAUAAA